GCGAGGAAGGCUGAGCUUCGCUGUUCUGUAGAUAGGGGCAGAGUUUCGGUGUGUGUGUGUGAGUGGGAGAUGGACCGAGGGCGCUCUACUGACUAGCAGAGGCGAAGAGCGACUCCAAUAGCCAGAGCUAUUGAAAUAAUUUACGCGAUCGGGUCGUCGAUAGCCCACUCCAAAUACAAACUAAGUCGCCCGUCUUUCACAUCUACUUCACACACACUAACACGGCAUUGAUGGUAAUGUAUGCAAGGAAACAACCAAGACUCGGCGAUGGGUGCACCGACCGACGGGAUUCUCAGCCCUAUCAGACUCUUAAGUACUCAUCCAAGAGUCACCCUGAUCACCGACAUGAGAAGAUGCGUGACAGUACCGACACCACUCCGCCGUGCAAGAUGCUGCGGAGAUCAGACAGCCCAGAAAACAAACACAUGGAUGGCACCGGCCAUGGCAGAGCAAAGGCCAUCCAUCCACACCGGGGGAGAGAGCGAGAAGGAGGGACCAGUAUAUCCCCUCAAGAGAACUCCCAUAACCACAGCUCUCUGCACAGCACCAACUCUCAUUCAAAUCCCAACAAAUCAUCAGACACUCCAUCUGAGCCGGCAGAUGAUUGGUCUGAACACAUCAGUUCUUCAGGGAAGAAGUACUACUACAACUGCAGAACGGAGGUGUCUCAGUGGGAGAAACCCAAAGAGUGGUUGGAGAGAGAGCAAAGGCAGAAGGAGGCAACCAAGACUGCUGCAGUUGUCAACAGCUUCCCUAAAGACAGGGACUACAGGCGUGAAGCCAUGCAGGCUACGCCCACCAGCUUCUCCAGCACUAAGCCUCCAGUUGCUACAGAGAAGCCUUCCUCACUCACACCAUCCUCUUCCUCUGCUGCUGUAUCUGGCUUAAGCAUGGCAAACUCAGCCAGUGGUGCCUCUGGCUCUACAAUCCCAGUUUCUCCAGUGAUGCAGUCGCCGGCUCCACCUACUCUUCUUCAAGACCCCUCCCUCUUACGUCAGCUCCUCCCCGCUCUCCAAACGGCCCUGCAGCUUAACAACGCCAGUGUAGACAUGGCCAAGAUCAAUGAAGUUCUCACGGCUGCAGUAACUCAGGCUUCGCUGCAGUCCAUGCUCCACAAGAUCCUAACUGCUGGUCCGUCUGCCUUCAACAUCACAACUCUGCUCUCCCAGGCUACUCAACUGUCCAGUCAAGCCCAGCAGUCCAGCCAGUCUCCAAUGUCUCUGACAUCAGACGCUUCCUCUCCUCGGUCGUAUGUGUCUCCUAGAAUCAGCACGCCACAGACCAACACAGCCUCCCUCAAACCGCCCCUCAGCACCACACCAGUCUCCUCACAGACAAAGAUGAACGCUUUGACAGUUAAAUCCAGUUCUCUUCCUCCACCGUCAUCCCAGCAGUCCCUUCCCACAGACAAACAUCAUGACAACGGCAACUCUCCACGGACGCUGCAGAGACAGAGGUGACUUAAGAAAUUACUAAAUGGAUUCAUUAAAACUUAAUAAAUUA